AUGGUCAUAUACACAUGGGAAAUGGACUUCAACCGAAGCCUUCUUGGGGCGGCCACUCUAUUGGUGCCUAAGAAACCCACACCUUCACCGGCUUCAACAGUAAUGCCGGUAUGGGCACACAAUUCCUGGGUGUGUCUCUUCGCUGCAAUGCUCACAGUCGCUAUUGGUGGCAACGCGAUAGUCAUAUGGAUUGUUACAGCGCACAGGCGAAUGAGAACGGUGACAAAUUACUUUCUGGUGAACCUGUCCUUCGCCGACUUGAUGAUGGCCUCACUGAAUUGCCUCUUCAACUUCAUAUAUAUGUUACACAGCGACUGGGUGUUUGGAGUUCGUUACUGCAAGCUUAGCAACUUUAUCGCGAACGUGACUGUAGCGGCAAGCGUCUUCACACUUACUGGCAUAUCUUUUGACAGGUACCAAGCGAUAGUGCGACCGAUGAGGCCUAGAAUGUCAAAAUCGUGUUCUCUCAUAAUAAUCGCCGGUAUAUGGGUUAGCGGGAUGCUGUUAGCUGUACCCUGUUUACUGUACUCUACCACUAAGGAAUAUCGAUCAAAAGGAACUCUUAAAACUGCAUGUUUACUGCUGUGGCCUGAUGGUCUACCUGACGUCUCAUAUAUGGAUUUUAUGUAUCAAAGUCUGUUCUUCAUAGUCACAUAUGCUGUACCAAUGUUGGGGAUGACGUUCUUCUACUCGGCUAUGGGGAGAGUUCUGUGGGGAUCUCGGUCUAUUGGUGAACUAACACAAAGACAAGCUGAUUCAAUAAGAUCAAAACGAAAGGUGGUGAAGAUGUUUAUCCUGGUCAUAGUAAUAUUCGGCAUAUGCUGGCUGCCGUACCACUCGUACUUCAUUUACACACAUUUUAAUCCUACCAUAUUGUAUAUGAAGUAUAUCCAGCAUGUCUAUCUUGGCUUCUACUGGCUAGCGAUGGCUAAUGCUAUGGUCAAUCCAAUUAUUUACUAUUGGAUGAAUGCCAAGUUUAGGUCAUACUUCCGGACAGCUAUUUUAUGUCGGUGGCGGGAUACGUGCUUUCGUCGCAAGAGGCCGCUACCGGAGUCGCCGCCGGAUUGUAUGUCUCAAUCGGGGAGCAGAUCCCGAUCAGGUGUAGAGGAGCCACGAAGUUUAAGAGGAAAUGCAGCACUCGAAUGGCAGCGCUCGUAUCGGGACCCCCUGCAGUCGCAGAGACCGCGUUCGCUUGCUAGCUGCCCGAGAUGCUCCCAUCGAACUUAUUACGAUGCUUACAUCCACGGACGUAAAGUG